UAGGGGGCUAAAAUCACAACUUUAGAAAAGUUAGAAGGCUAAAACUGCUAUUAUGCCUAUUUGAUUUAUAAAAAUCAAGUUCAAAGUAUAGUGAUUCAAAUAUUGGAGAUCCAAAUUUAAUCUAGUAAAUUACAUAACAAUUGCGAAGUGAUAAAAAAUUCUUGAUUAUUUUCACAGUUUGACUUUGUUCUUGAUUAUUUUAACAUAUAUGUAACUUUUGUGUUCUUCUAUACAAUGGAUUUAACAAAACUUCAGGUGGAGGGCCCUCAAGAAACAUAUUGGUGGGGCAUUUUGUCUUGCAUGAAGUGAGGUUGUUUUAGGGUUUCUUUCGAAUAAAGUCAUCUUCUAAAUAAUGGAGAAAGAUAAUGACUAUUCGGCACCACCCAUGCCAUCAAGUUUUAACACACUUGAUUACUCUCUUGAUCAUCAUCAUCAUCAACAACAGCAACAAUACGAACAGCUUUUGAAGUAUCGAGUUGGCGAAACAUCGGGUGAAAACAACAACGGAAUGGUGGAUAAUUACAUGCCUCAGACACAAACUUCAGGAGGAUUUUAUGGUGCAAAUUCUUUUGAUAAAAUGAGUUUUGCAGAUGUGAUGCAGUUUGCAGAUUUUGGACCUAAAUUAGCCUUAAACCGCGAAGAAUCAGGUAUCGAAGACCCGGUUUAUUUUCUCAAGUUUCCUGUCUUAAACAAUAAGAUAGAAGACCAAAACUUGAUGUUAAGUGGUGAUGAUGGGUUAGGAGAAAAUGACGAGAGGUUCAAAUUAACAAGCGUGGAGGAUAAAUCAAGAGAUCAACAAGAUCACGAAGAAGCUCGAGUUUCUGACGAGAACAACUCGGUGCAAGAGAAGAAUUGUGCAGUAGUGCAAGAGAACAACAAGAAGAGGAAGAGACCAAGAACUGUUAAGACAAGUGAAGAAGUUGAGAGUCAACGUAUGACUCACAUAGCUGUUGAAAGGAAUCGAAGGAAACAAAUGAAUGAACAUCUUCGUGUUCUUAGAUCCCUCAUGCCUGGUUCAUACGUGCAAAGGGGUGAUCAAGCUUCUAUAAUUGGAGGGGCUAUAGAGUUUGUGAGGGAAUUGGAACAACUUCUUCAGUGUCUAGAAUCACAAAAGAGAAGAAGACUGCUAGGAGAAGCACAAUCAAAACAAGUUGGGGAUUCAUCUCUUGCAUCAACACAACAACAGCCUCCAUUUUUUCCAGCUACUUUACCAAAUGACCAGAUGAAGUUAGUUGAGAUGGAAACUGGACUUCAAGAAGAAACUGCAGAGAGUAAGUCAUGUUUGGCUGAUGUAGAAGUGAAACUUCUAGGAUUUGAUGCAAUGAUUAAAAUUCUCUCAAGGAGAAGGCCUGGACAGUUGAUCAAGACCAUUGCUGCUCUUGAAGAUAUGCAGCUCAUUAUCCUUCACACAAACAUCACCACUAUUGAACAAACAGUUCUUUAUUCAUUCAAUGUCAAGGUAGCUAGUGAUACAAGGUUCACGGCUGAAGAUAUAGCAAGCUCUGUUCAGCAGAUACUAAGUUUUAUUCAUGCAAACACUAGCAUGUGAUCAUUAUUAUAUGUAGAUAAUAUAUAUUUUAUAUAUAUGUUGUGUGGUGUAUACUAUAGUACUCUUGUCAUUUGCAUUUCCAUACUGGAAGCCUCUUUCUACAAAUGAAUUGUGGAAUCUAUCAAAGGAUUUUCCUCUCUUAAAUAAAUCUCAUUCAAUGAAUUUUCGAUCUCUCCA